UCACUCAUUCAUUCAGUGGAAAGAAAGAAAAUGCCAAACGCGUGCUGAGUAAGCUCGAGCCUGUUACCACGAACGUGCAUUGUUUCAACAGUCCUAGUAGUACUAGUACUGGCAAGAAUUCCCCAUCGCUUUCCUUGCCCACAGAUCCCUGGGAACCCUUCUUCCCCAACAUCCUCCAGCCACUGACACCUCCAUCGCCGUCCGCCAUGGCCUCCCACCGCCACCUCCUCCGCCUCCUCGACGACCCCUUCUUCCCCUUCCCCUCGCCACCACCAUCCUCCUCGUGCCCAUUCCUCCCCCCUUCUUCCCCAUUCGCCUUCCCCCACCACGACCUCGACAUCUUCCUCCCCUCCGACCCCUUCUUCGCCCCCUUCCCCACCCCGACCCCGCACGCCUACCUCCUCCACGACCUCACCGACCGCGUCGCCGCCCUCGAGCUCGCCCUCGCCCCGCACCCCCCCAAGCCCGCCACCUCCCGCCGCAAGUACACCUACGCCACCCAAACCCCAGGCGGCCGGAAGGCCAAGUGGACGGCGGAGGACAACCCGCGCAGCGGGGAGCGGGCGCUCAAGUGGGAGGCGGAGCUCGCCUGCCCCAACCCCGACGGCUUCGACCGCAAGUGGAAGUGGGAGGCCAAGUCCAAGCCCGGCGCCUCCUCCGCCAAGACCAAGUGGGCCGCCGAGAUCAAGGGCAAAGGAGCCCUCGAGCCGUGGUCGCACGCAUACACCUGGGAGGAGGAGGAAGACUUGAGCUCCAGCGACGACGACGAGGAACUAUACUACCGCCACCGCAAGCCGGAGAUUAAGGACAAGAAGAAGAACAAGGACAAGGCUGCCAAGGAGGACAAGAAGGAAAAGAAGAACAAGGUCGGCGGCAAUGUCAACGUCAGGAUCGAGGAGAUCCCCGAGGACAACACUGCCGGAUGCGUCGCCAUCAGAAAGGCUUUUGCUAUGGGCAAUGGCAAGGGGAAGGCCAAGGAACUGUCGCCACAGGACGCUGCAUUGCUCAUCCAGAUGAACUACAGGGCGCACCUCGCUCACCGCUCCCAGGUGCUCCGCUGCCUGCGUGAUCUCGCCGUGGCUAAGGCCAAGCUCAAGGAGCUGAGGUCCAUGUUCUACAACCUCUCUUACAGGCGCCGCAUCUCGCAUGACCACGAGGAGCGCCAGAGGUUCUCAGAGAAAAUCAUUGUCCUGCUCCUCACUGUUGAUGCGCUCGAGGGACCUGACUACAUGGUGAGGACAGCAAAGAAGUCUAUGCUUGAGGAGCUGGAGGGGAUGCUGGACAUCGUGGACCCGCAGCCAGUGGGGAAGCAGAGGUCCUUCAGCCGCCGCAAGUUUGACCUCCCAGAGGGCGGAGGAGCGAUCCCGGCCGAGAAGACCGCCAGCGUGAACAACGCGGUCAGGGUGAUCAACACCGGCAAGAAGUGAUAGGCGCCCCCUCCUCCUAGUUUAGCAGGGACACCAUGGUUGAUGGAGAGUUUAAUUAGCACCCCGCGUCAUCUGUGAGAUCAGCAAACGCCAUUGUUUUCCAGUAUUUCCAGUAUGGAACUUGCUGUUGUGUGCACCGGAGUAUCCUAUAUGCCAUGUAUGAUCCGUGGGGUUUAGUUUGAACUUGUUGUAUGCUGUUGAACUGUCAGUAGAAGAGUUUGGAUGGUGCUUUGUAGGGAUGAUGAAUUGAUGAUGUGUGCUGGGGGGGUCUGUCCCAGAUGCAUGAUUUCAUUUCAAUGAAUUUGAGUUAAUAAUAAUGUAUUGUUGUGA